AUGCCUUCUUACCAUUUCAAUACGCUAAAGGACAUACCGGAUCUGUCCGGAAAGGUCGUUCUCAUCACUGGAGGCAUGUCUUCACACCCUUGCCUCGUCGAGUCAAUGAAACUCCUGAAUCCACAGGUGCAAAUUCGUUUCAUUCCUUGCGAUCUUGCAGAUCUGAGUUCUGUUCGUCAAGCAAGCAACAGAAUUGCUGCCAAAGCAUCACGAAUUGACCUGUUCUUUUGCAACGCCGGUGUUAUGGCAUCACCAGCUGGAUUGAGUAAGGACGGCUAUGAGCAGCAAUUUGCGACCAACCAUCUCGGUCAUGCUCUGUUAAUCGACCUCUUAAUGCCAAUUCUGGAAGACACGGCGGCGUUGCCCGGCUCCGAUGUUCGAAUCAUCAUCACAACGUCUCAAGCCGCUGCGACAUCAUUAAUACCGAAGCGCGGAAUUAAUUUCAGUGCUCUCAAGACAGAACAGAGGAUGUUUGCAGGCCGAUGGCGUCGCUAUGCGCAAUCGAAACUGGCGAACAUGUUGUAUGCCAAAGCUUUGAACCGACAGUACCCUUGCGUGACGACCGUUUCUGUGCACCCGGGCAUUGGCUACACAGGUUUGCAGGACAACUUUUCUGUACUCGACCGGUUCAUCAUGUGGUUUACCACAAUAGGCAAGCGAAGUCCAGUGGACCAGCUUGCCUGGAACGGUCUUUGGGCUGCCACGGCUCUACGAGGGACAUCGAAAGGACAAAUACAAGGGGGAGAGUACUACGAGCCCGUGGGCAUCAGACCAAGACCGACCAGCCAUCAGAGCAACACGGCGUUAGAAGGCGAGUUAUGGGACUGGACACAAGAACAGUUGGAAGCUUGGGAGUUGAAAGCCGGGCUGAAGGUACGAGGCUCGAUCUCUUCCUCACAGCACUCAUAA